GUAAAUUCUGCUACAGUUACUGUUGGUAUUUUAUUCGCUCUAUUAUAUUUUUGUAGUAAAAAAAAUCAUUAGUGUUCACUUGUAUGAAACUCCUAAUAAUUAUAUAAAAAAGCUUAGUCAAAAAAAAUAUACUCUAGGCAAAUCGACGGAAUGGUUUCAAAUUAGUGAUUAAAAGUUGCUAGUGUAUCUAUUUUGCCUGUGGAUGAUUCAAAUACAAUGUGAACAAAUUUGCAACAAAAGUAUAGUGCGGAACUAACCUGAAUUAAUGUGUACUACAUUAUUGGAUGUGAAAUAUGGAAUCUGAGAUAAAAUAGUUUCGUUUCGUACUAAAAAAAUAUCAAAAAUUUAUUUACUAAUUUUAUUUGUAUUCAAAUCAUGUUAGCAUCGGUGUUUGAACUCAUUCUAAACAUAAAAUGUACAUCAUAUAGUAAACACCUAAUUAAGAUAAAGUUGGUUUUUUGCACUGUAUCUUAUUUCUAGAGAUAAUAUCGGCAACAAUUUUAGAGGAUUUAGCUAGUAAACAACCACCAGUUUCGUGUAAAUAGACGAAAUUUUAAUACAACCUCUUUUUAUUCUAUAGGCAUUCAAAAUAUGUAAGUGCAAUAUUAUAAUUAGUGUAUUAUUUAUUGAACAAUUUUCCAUACAAUAACCGGUAAGAUGAUGAUAAAGAAUAGCCUGAUAACGUCUAUCCACGCAGUGUUUCGUAUACGUAUUAUUUUCGAUGAUAAGUGCAAAACAAUUAGUAAUUUUCGUUAUACAUCGGUGACUGACUGAUCGUAAAUAUGUGAGGUGCUUAAAAUUGUUAAAAGCAAAAACAAGUGCCAACGAUGAAAAUAGUUUUUGCGUGUGAAUUUUAUUUUCCUCAAUACAGAUCUUUUUUUAAAUACGAAAUCACAACAAUAUUUUUUCGUACUUAGACCUAUCUAAAUGAUGAAUAUACAGUGUUAAACAAAACUAUGAAUGUUUGUAAAUAAGUUUUUUUGUUGAAAACUUCGAAACGCGAUUUGAAAAAUGUCGGAUACUAUUUCGUCCAAAUUUUUGGAUUAUUUAGACGAAAUGAAGGUUAAAGCAAUGGUAGUGAUCCUAUAUAUUUAUAGACUCAUGAGGAAUGACAGUUCGGAGACAGAGGAAGUUGGAGACAGAAUGAUAUUAGAGCCAAAGUUCGUCGACUAUGGCAGUAUACAUCCUACGUCUGCAGAUGUUUCCAAUAACCAGGCGCAACAACAUAAUUCUCAUGGAGUGUUGAACACCAGAUCCUCUACCCUCUUACCCAUCAACGACGAACCGGCUAAUACCUCCAACGAAAAUAAAAUGACCCAAGGAGAUCUGUAUCAGAGACAACCAUUACUACCUAACACAAAUAAAGGGGAUAAAUGGGGGCACGGUGCACACAGUACUUCAGGUACCGGAUAUUAUGACGAAGAAGAGGAAGAAGAUAUUAUUCAAAAAAGUAAUGAUCGCAACGGACAUAUAUCCAUAGAUUUACCAGCACCUGUUCGAGAAGAACCGAGAUUUCCUCAAGAAAGAUGUAAAACACUGUUGGCUGCUGUCAUCAUGAUGUUUAGUUUUAUUCUAACUCUUACUUCACUUAGUUUAGUACAUGAACGUGUACCGAACUACCCACCCCUUCCUGAUGUGUUCCUGGACAACGUACCUGCUUAUGAUUGGGCUUUAGAUGUAUCUGAAUAUAUCAUUAUUUUUUCUGUAAAUACUAGUUUAAUAGCCAUGAUAUUUCACAAACAUAGAUUUAUUGUAUUUAGAAGAAUAUUUUUAAUAAUGUCAUUGUUAUACAUGUACCGAGCCAUUACUAUGUAUGUAACCGUAUUGCCUAAGUCUAAUAUAAACUACCCUUGUGCACCAAAGUCUAAUGAAACCUCGCCGUUGAUGAUAGUCAAAAGGGUAGUUAAACUAAUGACUGGUAUGGGUUUGUCGGUAAAUGGCCAGCAUGUCUAUUGUGGAGAUUUCAUUUACAGCGGACAUACUGUGAUACUGACAUUUACUUUUCUACUAGUGUCAGAAUAUACGCCGAAAAAAUUAUACUUGCUACACUGGUUGUAUUGGAUAUUAUCGUGCGUGGGAGUAAUUAUGUUGGAAAUAUCCCAUGGACAUUACAGUAUAGAUGUGAUAAUUGCUUACUUUAUUACCACCAGAACAUUUUGGACCUAUCAUACGUUUGCCAAUAACAGUUUGCUAAAGCAACAUUCUCCGAACAAUUUGAUGGGUCGUGAAUGGUGGUUUUCGCUGUUUUUGUAUUUUGAAGGUAAUGUUGGUGGUCCCAUACCACGACAGUUCAACUGGCCCUUUCCGUGGCCAAGAAGGUGGCAUCUAAAAAGUCGAGCUAGUUAGUGACACUCACCGUGCUUUUGUAAAAAACUUGUUUAAAUUUAUUACAUGUGAUAUAUAUAUAUAUAAAUAAUGUGUAAUUGCCUUAACUGACUAAACAUCUUGCUCUUUAUAUACAUUUACAAAGUAUUAAUUUUUGCUGGAUGGUGAUUUUUUAUUCUCUCACUGUUUUCGGUAUCUUGAAUUUUUAUACAUAUAUUUUAUAUUAACUAUUUUUCCACUAACACUUAGAUAUUUGUCAUUAAUGUGUAUAUUAUUAGUAGAUUCUAAACUACAAUGUUUUGUCUCAAUCAAGUAUAUCAAUUUGUUAUAAUUUAAGAUCAAAGUACAAAGUCACUUACAACUAAACUGAACUGUAUAUGUUUUAUGUAACCACUUUUUAUUUUGCAUUUGUACAAAUUAUCAUUUUUCUUAAAUAUUUUAAACAUUUUGAUAUAUUAUAAGUUUCUAUAAUGUUAUAACAAAAAUAGCCAAAUUUUUACUGUAUUCUAAUGGAAGACCCAAUAUGUUUCCAGUUUUUUCCAACAACAUUCUCUAGCUUUCUCCAUGUGAUUUAAUAUUUAAAAUAUGAUAUAUUUGAAUAAAUACAAUGGUUUGACCAAUUAACCAUAGAUUUCUUAAACUUUGGCUUUUUUCUGUAUAUCUGUCUCAGUUGCUUAUAUCACUCAAGCGACAUCUGGAAAACUUUUUUCAAUGCAGUUUUAGUUAUGAAAAAAGGUUGAUUACACUUUAUGUAGUGCAAACAGAUUCACAUUCUGGAGCAAAUUUUAUGUGAACAUUACUCUUAGUCCAGUCAAUUUAGCUGUUUACGAGCGCUAGCUAGUGUUUCUAUGUAUUUUGAGGUGCUUGUUCCAAAGGAAUAAAAAUCAGAAUGGCGCAAACUCUUCAAGUGCCCAAAUUAGGAAAAACGGUCAUUUUAACGGAGAAAGAGUACUUUGAUGAUAAAAUUGAGCACUUCAUUCAAAAGAAGGGUGAAUUUUUUUAAAGAAAUGUAUAUAUUCCCAUUGUUGAACUUCAAAACUGCCACCAGAGACGCCCAAGUAAUUUUCAUUCUUCAAGGUCAAAUAACAUUUUUUUUAUUUCAUUAUAGGGUGAAUUCUUUAAAAAAUUGAUUGUACAUGGGAAAAAUCAAACAAAAUAUAAGAAUUUAUACGAUUAAAUCAUAACAAACAUUUGUAUUUUAAUGAAUCUCAAUCAAAGAAACCUUCAAUAAUGAACUGCUUAAUAAUGUAGGUACACUAUAACCUCUUUGGAAACACGCUAGCUACAUAAGAAAAUAAAAAUAGGCAUGCAUAUGUAACUCAUGAAUAAUAACUGUUUAUUUUUAUUUAAUAUGCUUUCACUUACACAAAUUCAAAAAAAAAAUACAUGCUUUAUUCAAGCGCAAAAGCAAGAAUCUAACCACCUUUCACCAACAAGUAUGCUGCCAGUAUAACAAACAACUGACUUUACAUAGAGGACUUAAACUUCUUAGGUUUGUCACAUGAAAAUAAAAUUUUAAUAGAGUGUUAACAAUAUAAAGAAUUUACACGGCGUAAAUUUUCAUCUUAUAAUAUCGAAAAUUGUAGUUGCCAAACCAUUUUUCUUGAAAAACGUCUUUUUUGUAAGGUUAGAAAGGGUUAAAUAAAAUAUUUUUAAAUUUUUUAUUGAUUGGUAUAGGUUCUACAAAAAUCAAAGAACACGAAAAAAAUUUUUUUAUGAAACAUUGAUUUGGCGACUGCAAAAAUGGAAUUUCAAUCCCGAGUAACUCGUUGUAUAAUUUGAAUUAUGCUAUAAUUUGGAGAGAUUUGUAAAUAAUAUGUCUAUAAUUAAUGUUAUCGAGUGUAAACGAUAAAAAUUUUCUCGUUAUGGUCGAUUUUAUGUUUUCGAUACCAAAAAUUUUGUAUCAGUAAAAAAAUAUGUGAAAUAUUGCAAUUUUUUUCAAGUCCUACAAUCGAUGUUUCUUUUGAAGAGGGUAUUUUUGGGUUUUCAAUGUCUCUUUUUCACGAAUUAUAGCAAAAAAAGUAGAAAAACUUUUAAAAAUUCAAAUUUUUUUGUAUUGGCGCAGAAUUUUUCUGAUGAAAAUGAAUAUAUUUUCUACAGCUUUCAAUUUGCAUAAGCAAAAAUAUGGAAUAAUUUUGCCAUUUCGGACAAAAUUCAAUUUUAUUGUGUUAUUGGGCAAUUACAAGAAAAUUCCUGAUUUUGCCAAAAAAACAAAACAAAAUAUCGAAAUACAUACCUCAGAAGAAUUCCUCACCUAAAAAUACAUAAAGGUGCACAAUUUCAUAUGCGCUUGAAAAAGAGAUGAGGAUGUACUCUAUUAUUGAAUGGACUAUCUUGAAAUAAUAAAAAUUUACUAUCAUUUUUUGCGUUUUAAAAGUUUUUUAAAUUUUUUGCUAUUCCUAAUAUUUACAUUUUGCAGAUUAAAUCGUGGUUGUAAGAUCGUAUUUAAAAUACCAGAAGUUGUUGUGUAUUCAAACAAGAUGAACAAAUAUAACUAAAAAGUGUAGUACAUCCUUUUGUGCUAAAUGAUGUCUUUAUUCAUAAUAAUAGUUGCUCCAAGGUAGCCUUUUACUACUUAUUCAUGAAUGAGUUGAAAAAAUAGUAAUGUACCUUCCAAGCUACAGUUUGAAUGCACACACAAAAACGAAAUUUAAUUGUGAAUUUCUAUUUACUUCAUAUUAAUGUUGUAUAGAUUUUACUAUGAAGUGAAUUUAAUCCAUGUUUGCAUUAUCACAGUGAUUUGAAAAAUAUGUACAACGAACUUUUUUAUACUCUGAUCUUAAAGAUUUUUUUUGGUGCAGGUCAGUUAUUUCAAACUGAAAAACAAUAUACAAGGGUAGUUGAAAUUUACCUGUUGGUAAUAUCCAUACUAAAGACCCUCUGAAGUACCUCUAUACCAAUACUAAAAUAUACAGGGUGUUUCCUAAGUAAACUAAAAUAUUGUAGUGUGUGCUUCAUUACUAUAUUUUAAGACGGAAAGAUAUUAUAGACAUGUGUGAAAAGUCUUGUGGUUAAUGAGUGUCGAAUUGUCUUAUUAUUUUAUUAGAAGCCAUUUUAGAGCAUAUGUUCAAAAUGGUCACUUCAAGUCAAAAUACAAUUUCGGGGUUGUAUAAGUGAGCGAUUUUAGAUAUCCCCACACACAUAAAUCCAGGGGCCAUUGGUGUGGAGAUCCUUGUCCGAUCCAAUGGUCUGCAUGUAUCACUUCUAGUAGCGUCACCAGAAAAAAUAAAUUUCACUUACAGUCAGAGCCAAUUAAUUACAAACAAUUCAAUACCCCGUAUCUCUUUAACGACAAGGCUAAUCACAUAGGUUUAUGGGAACUGACGCAGCGCCCACUACAAUAUUUUAGAUUACUUAGGAAACACCUUGCACACUGUAUGACGCGCGUUUUUAUAACUUUUACUCUAGUGGUAAUAAACAGUGUUGUUAAAAAAUUAGAAAUAAAUUACUGUCUGUUUUUGUUAUAGAUUGGUUGAAACUUAUAAACAAAUCAAAUUAAUUUUGUUCAUAAAACCAUAUCCAAAUUCUGACCUGUUUGAAUGUUAAAGACAGUUGAAAAAACGGAUAGUUUUGUUCAAAUAACUGUGUAUAAUAUUUAUUUCCAAACUUCAAUUAUCUUUCUAAAAUAUAAAUAUCUUGAUUGGGAUAAACUAGUAAUUGUUAAGCUCCUGCAUAAUUAUAUAUUUUUUUAAUUUUUAUAGUUAGACACAAUCAUUCAAAUCAAUAUUUUAAUUGUGCCAAUUUGAGAAUCAUUAUUUGAAAAAUUCUUCAUAAAAUUGUUCAUUAUUUUUAUUUUUACAGAUUUAACAAAUUGUCGGAAAAAUAAAAAUUAAUUGAUCAUUUUUGGAAACAAUUUUUCGAAUAUUUGCUGUUUUAUUUUUAUAAGAAAUUGCUCUAUUCAUUUGAUUGGUAUGAUUUUGAAUUCAAUCGCAUUUCUCAAGUACAGAGUACUUAAUAAUGAAAUAAUAAUCUUGUUAUUAAUCAAGUUAUUAAAUUUGAAUUAAAAGGAAAUGGCAUUACAUUUGAUAUUUUUGACGCUGAAUCUUUUUUAACAAGUCUCUACAUUAUCAAGUACUCUUUAUAGUUCCUUAGAGUACACUUAAAAUGUGGUAAAGUUGAGUAACUUUGGUACACUUGUAAACUUUACAUACUCAUAACUUUCAAACCAAAUGUUAUAAAUGUUAUAUAUAUUAGUACCGUCAACUUUGAUAUUAGCAAAAUGUGUGGUCAAUAUUGGACAACACAGUUAGGUUGCUUUGGCCUCACAUUGUUUCAUUUAGAAAACAUAAAAUCAUGCAGAAAUAUAAGAGACUUUGUUUGCCAAAUACGUUUGUCUUAUUUUUUUAGGCUUUUAGGCAUAUAAGCUUAGCAAUCUCUCCAUAAUAAAUGGGAACAAAAUGCUUUAUAAUGAUUUUAAUUGCUGAAUAAAAGAACUUUCUUUGCAAGAAAAUAAUAGGUAAUAAAAUUAAACUUUUUUGGUUAAGAAAAUGAAAUAACAUUCUUUUGUAAAAAAUAAGACAUUCUAAAAUAUAGCUAAGAAUAGAUUAGGAGGAGUAUUUUUCAAUUUCCGAUAUCCUGAAGAAAUCACUCUUGGAUGAAAUAGCUGUCUCUAUGACUUGCAAAAUCUUUUCCACUAAAACAAUCCACUAGGCUAGAGAUUCUUUUUUAGUAUUGCUUCAAAUUUUUCUGAAUAAUAUUCGGGACCUUUUACAGGAUUAAUCUUUUUUUUUAAUAAAAACAGAACAAACUUUCCAAUAUUGAGUUCAUAGUUAUAUUUUCUUGUGUGUCUUUGUUUUACUUUCAAAUUCUCUCAAGUCCUGGUCUUCUUCCUCCGAUCUAAGGGAAAUAUUAAUGGAGCUGUCGGAGUCACUGGAUAUCGUCCUAUUUUUUUUGGUAGGGCAUGAAGAGAUAUUUCUCUGAACAUCACUAGGACCCACAAUUGGUUGUUUUUGAAUGUCGCCAAUUCAAAUGCUUUUUCCAGCUAUUACAUUGACUUUUUUCCUGAGUAUUUCUUCUCCUUUAUCGGCGAAUAUUUUACUUCAAGUAGGGCAAUGACGGAUAUUUUCACUAUGUUUCCUGAUUCUAAUAAGGCAUUUGUCAAUGAUUUAAUCAAACAUGGAAAAAUUUUUUUUCGAAUCGUGCUAUUUGCUAUGAGUUUAUAAUUUGUAAUGAUAUGUCUCCAUUUCAUUUUCAGCAGAUGAAAUAAUGCAAUAUCGACUGGUUGACUAAUAUUUUUGGUGUUAGGUGGCAAACAUAAAUUUUAUGUUAUUUUGGGAACAAAGAUCCAGAACAUGUAUACUUAGAUGCAAAGAAAGAUUGUUUGGUUCCCACUAAAUGUCUUACAGCAGGAAUAAGUAGAUUUUCAAACUAGUAUUCAAAUAUAGGACCCUCAAACUGCCCUCUCUUUGAUUAUAACUUCUUCAAGAGAUGUCUAUUAUAUUUGUUAUACGAUCUACUUUUUCUAAUUGUGCUGGGGUGUAAUUGUCAGUAAUUCCUGCUUCCAAUGGAUCUUUUAUAACAACCCAUUAUCUUUAAAAGAAAAUAAAACAAAAACCAUUUCGGAAAUAAGUUAAACUUGUGACCACAAUCAAACCAAUAAUAAAGAUUUUCUAUUGGGUGACUUUGGCUGCCCUCUAACGGUGCAACUUGCAAUCCUAAGUUUGCAACUACUUUCUUCAAGGUUGUAUGAUGUCGCAAUUCCACCUGAAAAUCCUAGAUGUUGCCUAGUUAUUCACCCAUUAGUAAAGUUUUUCAAGGUAAAGAUUGCUCGUUUUUUAUUAUUUUGCUUCAUUAUUUGUUUUAAGGAACCUAAAAACAAAUUAUGUGCUGUAAAUAAUUUUUGUUAGUUCAAUAUGGUCUUUAGCAACGUUAAAAAAAUCACAUUUGGAAAAUACUAAUUAUUAUAACAUAAUUGUGCAUGUAACAUAAUGAAACAAAUAUUAAAAACGACCUUAUUGGCUAAAAUCCCCCAACUUUACCCUAUUGUUCAUUCCAAAAUUAAUAGCAAUUUCAUUCAUAUUUAUUCCAUCAUAUAUCUAUUUGGAAUAAAAAUGGAAAAGUAAUAAGUAAUUAACUAAAAGAAAAUAAUAAUGAAAAACGGAAGAAUAAAAAUAAUAAUAAAAAACAGUGAAUACCAUUUUCAAUUAAUGGUAGUGUAAACGGAAUGAAUUAUAAUCUGGUUCUAAUAAGUAGAGGAGCUGGUCCGUAUAUGGGCCCCCAUUUUAUUUUCUUGAAAUAACUUUUUUAUUUCUUCAUUAUGAUUGUAUGUAAAAAGGUUUAUGAACGUUGUCAAGACCUAUUAUAUAAAUUCCAACGUCAACUUUUCUCAGAAACGUAUAAUAUAUUUAUGAUAAAUAAUAACACAAAACAGUGCAUAUUUCUGAUAUUUGGUCAGAGGGUGUGGAAUAUGGGCUCCUCUAAUAACAUAACUAAAAAUGGAUACAUAGUCAAGCAGAUCAUCAUCUGCUAGUGCAAAUUCUUGUUUUCCAUCCUCUUCUGAGCUUGAUUCUUCUGUUGUUAUUCUUGUUGCCUUCUUUCGACUUUUGCCGGAUUCUACUACAACUAAUUUCCUCUUUCCCUUUCCAUUUUUCGCUUUGUUUAAUUUUUCAAUUGGUAUUUCUAAUUCUGUUUUAUAAGGGGAUGAUGUUAUAACUUAUGAUUUGGAAGGCUUUCGUUCCCUUCUAGUAACUCGCUUCUUAACCAGUGGAACAGGUGAAAUAUCGAAUGGACUGACUAUGGUUCUUGAGCACUCUGGUUGGGGAUCCAGAUAAUUGAAACGGUUCGGUUUGGAAUCUAGAUCUUUUGAACAACCUGCUUGAGGAUCCAUAUGUUUGGAACGGUCUGGUUGAGAAUCUAGAUCUUUUGAAUACCCUGGUUGGGGAUCCAGAUAUUUGUAACGAUCUGGCUGGGAAUCUAGAUAUUUUUAACCAUCAACUUCAGUAAUGGUUGAACGAGAUUGUGGUUCUUACAGUUGAGUUUCUGAGUCUGAACUACAUGAUUUUCCGGAUUCAAUUCUUUCGGCAAUAGAGUCAGUCUCCGUAAAAACAUGUUUAUUUAGUGGACAGAUUCCUAUCACUCUGAACCCAUUUACAGCUAACUCAGUUGUCUGGCACUUCAACAGAGCAUUGCCAAGCAAUUCACCUAGAUCAAAUUAUGUUACUGCUCUGUUAUUUAUUCUUAACCAAUCCCUAACUUCUUCGCUGUGGUAGGAUUUAAGCGGCCCCCUAAAAGUCGUGUCAAGAGGCUGAAGUUUAUGAGUCGAGUGUGGAGGAAGGGAUAUGAUACAAACAUGGUUUUCCCUUGCUAUUUUUAUCACAUCCAAAUUUCUUGUAUGACUGUAAUGUCCAUCCAAUAUAAGCAGCACAGGAAACUCUGCAGUAGGCUUAACAAACUGAAUGAAGGGGUUGAACCACAUGGUAAAUAAAUUUUGCUGAAUCUAACUAAUGGGGUGAACUGCAUAGAUAGAUCCAAGUGGUGCACCACGCAUAAGCUGGUAGUUUCUGUUUUUUCUUGGAAAUACAAGCAUUGGUGGAACAAAUUGACCUCCUGCACUUAUUGCUGCAACUACAGUUACUAAAGAACCCCGCUCAGCCGAUGUUAUCGAGGCCACCUGGCGUGUUCCUUUCCUUGCAGUAACUUUGGGCAAACUACUUGGAAUAACAGAAAGGCCAGUUUCGUCCACGUUAAAGACUCUGUGUGGUCCAAAGUUGUGUUUUUCAUAUAGCGCCUCAAGCUGGUUAAAAAAAAAUGGCGACAUUUUCCUUGUUAAAUCCUAGGGCACGAGCGAAUGGAGUGCCAGUUUGUCUACGCAUAGACAGUUGCUCCUUAUGCCGGUUUAAAAAAGCAUCUAACCAACUGCGACCGGCAAUUCCAUUUUUAAAGGGAUACUUUUUUAUUUCUAAUUGACAUUGUGUAAGCCAUUCUGCAUAGGUCUUUUUUUGUCAAACCAUAAAACUGUGCUUCCAUUUUGAGAAUAUAGUCGACUUAUUCGUUUUCUGCACCACUUCCAAGAACUGUGUUUCGGCGUAGUUUAGUGUUCUCAAUAAUGCUGCUACUAGGAAGGUUACUAGCUUUGGCUCUCCUUGUCAGCCUUUGCAAUGUGCUUGGCACAUUAAACGCCCAUAUUACAUGAACUACAACUCGCUAUAAAAUUAGGGGUUAGGAAAAACAUGUUGGCAGUAGAGGAAAAUUAAAUGCUGGAAUGCAAUGUUAAACUCUCUAUGACAAACAGCAAAAGUGAACACGAAAAAGUAUUGAGAAAUAUAGAAAAUAAGCGAUUUAAACUUAGAUCAUAAAGUUAUUGAAAAUCAAAACACAUCAAAAUCACAAUAGCUUAAUAAAAACAUGUAAGAUGGCUCCGGGAGACGGUAAAAUAGGUAUUGACAAUAUGUAAAUGUAAACUCAAGCCUGAUCUGGCAGAUGACGACACGGAGUUUUAAGGAACAGUAGGCCCAUAUUAAGUGCCUGGCCCAUAUUCGGACCAUCUCCUCUAUUCAAUUGUUUACUAAUUCAAAAGUCAAAAAUGGGUUAGAUAGACGUCGAAAUGUAUGAUUAAAUAAUGAAUAAGGCAGUUUCUUAUAUCCUAUAUUUAUAGAUAUGACUGUUUGCAUAAGUCAGAUAAUGAAAAGUUACAGUACAACUACUUUUACUCAAAAAUCAAUUAUUUUACAAUUGAACAAAAUAAAAACUGUUAAGGGUAUUUGAUAACCACUUGAUAAAUGGUUAAUGUGGAUGUUUAAUUUUAAAAUUUUCAAAAAACGUGACUAUGUAGAAUAAGAGUAUUUAGGAAAAUGUGUAGUAUGCAAAAUUUAAAACGGCGUCAUUGUUUUCAAAACCUCAAAAGCUUUAGAACGAAAUACGAAUGUUGAAAUUUGUACAUAUUUAAACAUGUUUUAGGUAAUUAUAUCCGGCUAUGUAACAGCUAUUCCUUCUUCAAAGUUUUCAAAACUUUCAUAUAAAAUAUAAAACGUGACCUUCAAACCUUCUUUGAACAAGCUUGCGGUAGUAAUUAGUUACAUUAAAAGAACCAGUAACCCAGAAGUUUAGUGUCCAUACGAGAUGAUAAAAUAUACCCCAAAAAUGUGGAAAAAAGCCUAUUGCACAAAAUUAUAAGACUGAAAUAGCGUCUUGGAAACGUUUUAUAACAAUUCAUAUACAAAUAGGUCAAGAAAACUGUCAAAUACCAUACUUUUAAAAACAUUUAUCAAUGUACAAAUAAUUGCAAUCAAAUAUGAUAUUUCUAUUUGUAUGUUUUCUCCCUAAAUUGUUAUUAUUUUGCUUUUGAUUAUAUUAUUACUGAAAAAUUUAUCCAUAUUUCCAUCAAAAUUGAUUAUUAAUAUAUAAUAAUAUUUAUUAAUAAUUUCCAAUAAUAUAAACAAAAACAAAUGAAGAUAAAUCUCACCAUUUUAAAAUAUAUUUGCUUUCAAACUAUAUGAAAAAUAAAUUUUUAAUUUAAAAUUACUAAAUUUUGAUUUUUAGCCUCUUUCCUAUCAUCACUCUCUUGUUGUCCUUUCAGUUUAGUAAUAAUUUAAUUCCACCGAUCCCCUUUCACUCUUAUCUAAUUAAAGAUAUUUUCUUUCCUCGCAACUAUUAUAAGCUUUUCAAUUUUUCUGAUUUAAUUAAUUUUACUUAAUAAGCUUUUCGUAUAUAAAAAAAUAUAUUCUCUUUUAAAUAUUAUUUUUCCCAAUUUUUUCCAACAAAAAUUUUCUUUAACAUCCACUUGCUAAAAUAAAUAUUUUAGUUUUAUACUAAAAAAUUAGUUACAGAAGUAGAAUGUUUGGUUUUAAAAUAUUUUAUAAUCAAGGGGUCACUUUAUAAUGAAUAAUUUUUUAAUGCCAUUGCAAAUUGUAUGUAAUUACCCAUUUCUCUGACUAUAUUGUGUCAAUAAUUUUCAUGAGUAAAAUAUACUCGUGCAGAACGGUUAUUUGUUCACCGCAAUGACGUCGUGUUAAUAAAAAAGUUGACCAAAUAUGUUUUGAUCAGGUCAAGUUGAAAAUUAGAUAUUGCUACACAAAAAUGAAAAUAAAAUAAAAAUCGUCUUAAACAUAAAAAUAUUUUCAAAAAUCAGCUAUAUAAAUCUAAAAAGUAAAAAGCUCUUAAAAGUCAUUUAUGAAGAGGUUCAAAUAUUCCAUGGGUGUGUACAGUUGUUCAAACUUUUCACUUUUUAUUUAACAAUCAAUGUGGACAAAUUAUGGAAAACUUUUUUCUAGAAAUGAUUCAUAUCAACGAGUCAUGUUUACUUAUAGAUUUCUUAUGGAUGGUUUGAUGGAAAAAAUUGUGGUAUACUGGUAUACUAUUAUAAAAUGAUAUUUUCCCAUCAAAUUUUCCCCUUGGGAUUCCAGCUUAUUAAUUAUGACAUAAUUAUUUUUUUUAUUUCAGUUUAACGUGCCUUGACAGCGCUGUUCAUUGGUUCGCUUAACAAGCAAAAAAUACAUAAGUUAAAUGAAGGACUAUUACCAAAUCUAUUAUACUAAAUAAAUUAUAUUUUCUGUCUUAGCAACUUUAGGGAACUCCAAGACUUCCUUAAUUUCUGUCGGAUAGUUGAUUGUCUCCUUAAGGUUAGUCUUCAGAUUAAACUGAUGACUAAGGACGACUCUCUGAUGACACCAAAUAACUGUGAGUGAGUUUUGUUUGGUUGAUACCUCUCCAUAUUCUUUUGAUUCUAAACACUUUUAUUAAUUUUCUUUGGAAAGUCAUGAACGUUGACUACAAUCAUUCUGAAGGGAGUUCAUAAGUGAAGGUUCAUUGAUAAUAAAAAAUUCCACUUUUUUGUUAUUCUUGUAACUAUUGUGGCGGAGUUCAACUUGUCAGUGUACUUUAUGUUAGUUCCAGUAAUUUUUUACAUUCUAAUAAAUAUUUUUAUGAUGCUUUGGUAACAUUCCUUCUAAGUAGUUUUUUUUAUCUAGAAAAAAGUUUUCUUAAAAUUUUGCCACGUCACUCUCAAGCAAACUAACCAAAUCCUUAUCAAAUAACUAUAUAUAACUAUCGUUCCAAAAAAAUAAAGAAUCUCAAGAUGUUUAUUUAAUUGUGAAUAAUUUCGUGUUAUUUAAUGGCUUCAAAUUGGGUACUAACGUGUAUUGUAUGUUUUUUCUUCUUAAUUAAUUGUGGAAAUAAUGUAGAUAGUAUAAAGAAAAUUUCCAGUACCCAAUUCGUACAUAGAAGGACAUUAAGGAUCAAAAAUAUAUAAAGAGUACACAGAAAACUGACAAUAUUGUUGCUGAUUAUAACUACACAAAUGAAAGGGCAAUGUAAAUGUUUGACUGUUAAUGAUGAGCGUCAGCGUAUAGUAUGUUCAACGGCGAGUUUAACGUAGCUGUAGGGGGGUUUGUCAAAUUCUAUUCACAUUUGAACAUCUUGUGUAGUUUAAAUUUCAGUUAUUUCAUCCGACCUUGAAUCAGAAACCCUACGCUUAAAAAUAAUAGCUUCGAAAAAAUUUAAUGUGGGAUAAAUGUGUACAGUUUUUAGCGUUAUAAUAACUUAGUAUGAUAUUUGAAUGAAAUGUGGGAUUCCUACAUAAGAAAUAUUCCGAUGUUAAUUCUUCGUGUAUUUGAUUGUUGUAUGUUUGUAAGAACAUCUUUUUUUCCAAAUUUCCCAUCUUUAUAAAGAAUCUUGGGUAAUAAACAAAAAGGUACAAAGUAAAAUAGUAGCAGUGGAGAUGUAGCAAGUGAGGAAUAUAGCAGGGAAAAUGAGGGCAACAAAAAUAUUUAAGAAAAGAAGGGAAGGAAGACCCACUUGGCUACAACAAGUAGCUCAGGAAAGAAGAAAACAAGGGAAAA